UCGCGUGGGGGCGAUAUUAUUUCUACCAGUGUGUUGCAUCUUAAAGCAUAAACGAUCUUUUCCGUGACGCAUAUUUCGCGGGAAACUCGGUUUGUAAAGCUGAAGGUAACGUGUAGAAGUUAGAGAUGAGUAAAAAGGAUAACGGCUCCACACUCAUCCUUGCAUAUCUGAAUGAGAAGAACAGACCCUACAGUGCUCAGGAUGUCUUUUGCAAUUUACAAAAGCAGCAUGGAUUUGGCAAAACGGCAGUGGUCAAAGCCAUGGAGCUGCUGGCUCUAGAGGGCAAGAUAAAGGAGAAAAUGUAUGGAAAGCAAAAGAUUUAUUUUGCUGAUCAGUCUCAGUUCAAAGACGUGAACGAUGCAGACCUGAAGACGAUGGACUGUCAGAUCUCACAGCUCAAUGCAGAGGCGCAGUCGCUCACCCAGAGCUGCAGACAGCUAAAUUCAGAGCUGAAGGAGCUCAGUAGCUCCCUGACAACAGAGGAAAUGAUGUCAGAGAUCAAGGAGCUGAAAGCAGAGUGUUCGGGGUACAGAGCGCGCGUGGAGAAGAUAAAGUCAGCCACAAAUCACGUCACACCAGAAGAGAAAGCGAAGGUUUACAAGGACCGGAAUGUUUACGUGAAAGAGUGGAAGAAGAGGAAGAGACUGGCUUCAGACAUGAUGGAUGCAAUCCUGGAAGGGUAUCCUAAGAGCAAGAAGCAGUUCCUGGAGGAAGUUGGAGUGGAGACUGAUGAGGACUGUAAGGUGACCGUGCCAAGUGAUUGAAACACCAAGAAAACGCUUGUUCAUCCACUUCAUCAAUGUAAGCCUGUGCAGUGCUUAGCAAAGAAUAUAGAUUAUACACCAGAGCAGUGUGAGCACAGCACAUUCUUUAUUUAUAACCUCUCUUGAACAAACAGUACAUCUUUUAAUUGAAAGUUGAACUUCCGCUGUAUUUGAAAGUACAUUUAUACAAAAAUACCUGUCAUUUGCGAGACACUAAAACUACGUCACAUCAUUAGACAGCACUGGUGGAUGCUUAUCACCUCAGAGGCAACAUUGGUUUAUUUUUUUUCCUUUUUUAAAGCCAUAAAACCAAUCCUGAGCCUACGAUGUAAAUGUUAACCAAUUAGUCAGCUGUGCGUUCUUUGUUCAUUUAUGUUCAGGCCCAUAUUGCUGCCAUGUUUCUUUGAAAAAACUGUACAUAAUAGAACCACAAUGUAUAAAGCAUGGAGGGUAUUCAUGACCUUAAGGUAUUAUGGAGGGUUGUCAUGUUUUUUUUCCUCCUUUGAAAUGCUUCUUCAGUAUUGCUUCCAAGUUAUUAAAUGGUAAUGACAGUAA